UCACAGUCAUUGGCUCAUCCAGCCUUCUGUGAGGUCGGAAGGACAAGGCCGAGCGGGAGGCACAGAGAAAGAGGGGCAACAGCGGCUCUUAGAAGAGAGAGAUUUACCUUAAAUCACCGUCGAUUUACAGGAUAAGUUCACGUAAAAGCUUCGAGAAAAGAGAGAACACCGGGGCAAGAUGAUGACCCAAAUAGAGACAACGGUGCACUAUGAUAACGGGUACGAGGAUGAAUACAUGCUACAGGAAGAAGAAUGGGACAGGGACAUGCUGCUGGACCCCGCCUGGGAGCAACAGCAGAGGAAAACCUUCACAGCAUGGUGCAAUUCUCACCUGAGGAAGGCUGGGACCCAGAUUGAAAACAUUGAGGAAGACUUCAGAAAUGGAUUAAAGCUCAUGCUGCUCCUGGAAGUCAUCUCAGGAGAGAGGUUACCGAAACCCGACAGAGGGAAGAUGCGGUUUCAUAAGAUCGCUAAUGUCAACAAAGCGCUGGACUUCAUCACAAGUAAAGGGGUCAAACUGGUCUCCAUUGGAGCAGAAGAGAUUGUGGAUGGGAACGUUAAGAUGACUCUUGGAAUGAUCUGGACCAUCAUCCUCCGCUUUGCCAUUCAGGACAUAUCUGUGGAAGAAACAUCUGCCAAGGAAGGACUUCUCCUGUGGUGUCAAAGAAAGACAGCUCCCUACAGGAAUGUUAAUGUCCAAAACUUUCAUGUCAGCUGGAAGGACGGCCUGGCUUUCUGCGCCCUGAUACACAGACACAGACCCGACCUCCUCGACUUCUCUAAGCUCAACAAGGAUGAUCCUCUGGGGAACCUGAACCUGGCUUUCGACAUAGCCGAAAAACACCUGGACAUUCCUAAAAUGCUGGAUGCAGAAGAUAUCAUCAACACCCCCAAGCCAGAUGAGAGAGCCAUCAUGACCUACGUGUCCUGCUUUUAUCACGCUUUUGCUGGAGCCGAGCAGGCAGAGACGGCGGCCAACAGGAUCUGCAAGGUGCUUGGUGUUAACCAAGAGAACGAGAAAAUGAUGGAGGAGUAUGAGAGACUGGCCAGUGAGCUUCUGGAGUGGAUCCGUCGCACCACUCCCUGGCUGGAGAACCGGACCCCGGAAAAAACCAUGGCGGAGAUGCAGCGGAAGCUGGAGGACUUCAGGGACUACAGACGCCAACACAAACCCCCGAAAGUUCAGGAGAAAUGCCAGCUGGAGAUUAACUUUAACACCCUACAGACCAAGCUACGCAUCAGCAACCGUCCUGCUUUUAUGCCCUCUGAAGGGAAGAUGGUUUCUGAUAUAACCAAUGCCUGGCAGGGCCUGGAGCAGGCAGAGAAAGGCUUCGAAGAGUGGCUUCUGACUGAAAUCCGCAGACUCGAGAGGCUGGAUCACCUGGCUGAAAAAUUUCGUCAAAAAGCCACCAAUCACGAGAACUGGGCCAGUGGUAAAGAGCUGAUCCUCAUCCAGAAGGACUAUGAGACGGCCACCUUGACAGAAGUUCGAGCUUUGCUUCGAAAACAUGAGGCCUUUGAGAGUGAUCUGGCAGCCCACCAGGACAGAGUGGAGCAGAUUGCUGCCAUUGCACAGGAACUGAAUGAGCUGGAUUACCAUGACAUUGCGUCUGUAAACCAGCGUUGCCAAAGCAUCUGUGACUUGUGGGAUAAACUGGGAACCCUGACUCAGAAGAGGAGAGAAGCACUAGAGCGUGCAGAGAAGUUGCUGGAAACUAUUGACCAGUUGUUCCUGGAGUUUGCAAAGAGGUCAGCUCCCUUCAACAACUGGAUGGAAGGAGCCAUGGAGGAUCUGCAGGACAUGUUCAUAGUUCACACCAUUGAGGAGGUCCAGAGUCUAAUUGCUGCUCAUGAGCAGUUCAAAGCCACUAUGCCUGAAGCAGACACAGAGAGACAAGCCAUUUUAGGAAUCCACAAUGAGGUGCAAAAAAUUUCCCAAAGCUACGGGAUUAAGGCCAACAUUAUCAACCCUUACUGCACCAUAAUGACGGAGGAGCUUCUUAAUAAGUGGGAGAAGGUAAAGAAACUGGUUCCUCAGAGAGAUGGUUUGCUCCAGGAAGAGAUGGCACGCCAGCAUGCCCACGAAAGGCUGAGACGUCAAUUUGCUGCCCAGGCCAACCUGAUUGGACCCUGGAUUCAGGCCAGGAUGGAGGAAAUUGGGCGUUGCUCUCUGGAGAUUGGAGGCACACUGGAGGACCAGAUGACCCAGCUUAAGCAAAUGGAGCACGUGAUCAUUGCAUACAAGCCCAACAUUGACAAGUUGGAAGGAGACCACCAGCUAAUCCAAGAGUCGCUCGUUUUUGAUAACAAACACACCAAUUACACCAUGGAGCACAUCCGUGUGGGAUGGGAGCUGCUCCUCACCACCAUCGCCCGAACCAUUAAUGAGAUUGAGACGCAGAUCCUGACCCGGGAUGCCAAGGGCAUCAGCCAGCAGCAGAUGAAUGAGUUCAGAUCUUCUUUCAAUCACUUUGACAGGAAGAAGAACGGAGCGAUGGAAACGGAUGACUUCCGAGCUUGCCUCAUCUCAAUGGGUUAUGACUUGGGAGAGGUGGAGUUUGCGCGCAUCAUGAUGCUGGUGGAUUCAAAUGCAACAGGGAUCGUCUCUUUCCAGUCUUUUAUCGACUUCAUGACCAGAGAGACGGCUGAUACGGACACUGCCGAGCAGGUUGUGGCAUCCUUCCGGAUCUUGGCAGCUGAUAAGCCUUACAUCCUUGUGGAUGAACUCAGGCGGGAGCUUCCUCCUGAACAGGCGGAGUAUUGCAUCAUGAGGAUGCCUCCAUACAAAGGGCCUGGAGCUCCACCGGGAGCGCUAGACUACACCGCCUUCUCCACCGCCCUCUACGGAGAGAGUGACCUUUAACUUGUGAAGACCUUUCGUUGGGCCAUUUUCAAUCAUUCUCACUCUUCCCACUCUGUAUCUUUUAAUUAAAAUAACUAAAAUGCAUACUGCAUAGUGACGCCACACAUGUUGAAUGAGUACAAUGCUUUCUUCAAAGCUUCAAAGCACCAACAAAAAAUCCUAUGCUUUUUUGUUUUGUUUUUUUAAGUGAAAAACCAUAAAUACAUUACAAAUUACUAUGAAAAAUCCAAAUAAUUGAGGAAAAGGAUUCAGCAUUCGUCCUGACUUUAGUUUUAGUGCUGGAAGUAAACUAAAUUUCUUAGAAUGCCUUCUAUAUUUAUAAAAUCUAAUGUGCAGAUAGAGAAAUAGAUUUAGCACAUGUUGCUAAACACCUUCUCUUCCUUGCAGUGUUUAAGACUAUACUCUAGGUUCACAUUGUUUGCACAUUCUGCACGCAUCCCUUUAAUCCCUUGAAAAAGAGAUUUUAAAUCUCAAUAGGUUUUUAUCCUGGUAAAAUAAAUGAAAAAUGAAAAUCAAUCACAAGAUAACUCAGCUCUGAAGCUUAUAUUUUUAUAGAUCACUUGAAUAUUUGGGAGUUUAAUAAAAUAAACACCAGCCCGUAUUAAAGACAUGAAACUUGAGAUCAGGAGCAAUAAUUGAAUUAAAACGUGGCAGCUUCUUAUCUGUCUGUAUUAAGACGAUCUCAAAAAAAAAAAGCUUGUUCUGAGAUAUCAGAUUUAGCCCACAAAUUAACAGAUAAACCUGGGAAUUUGAGUCCAGAAAAUAUGUGGUAUUUUAAAAUAUAUUGUGAGAAUGCUUUAGUGGACACACCAAAAUGACAAACCCAAGUUCAUGGUGUUUAGCAGAAAAUCAAUGACAUGGUUUGGCCCCGAUUUGUUUGGAACGCCAUGUAAUGUUUGUGGCUUUGUUUGGACAAUACCCCUUUCCGAUACGCCACUUUUAAGUGUUUAGAAUGAAUUAUGGUUUGGAAAAAGCUAUUUCAGAUCCACUGCCAUCCAUCAAUAAACAGUGGGUUCCCACAAGCCAGAAAUAUGCAUCACUACACAGAAAAAAAGGGAAACCACAUGAAUGCAAAAGUAAAUAUUUACAAUGGUUUUAAUAUUUCUUAAGCUGGAAAACACAGAAUAUUAAAUAUGCAGUAUUCAUUUCGGCAGUGACGUAAGGUGAAAUAUUAUUUGGCAGCAACACACCAAUUCUUCCACAUGGAAAUACAAAAUAACUGCUGAGCAGCAACGCAUAAAGCAAAGGCAAGUACACUUUUCUACAUUUGGAAAACAUACAUAAUGAGAAUUUUGUCUUUUCCUUUGUUUUGAAGCAUACAUUAGUGGAACUUCCUUCAUCCUGAAAGACAAGACAAAAAUAUGGAUCCUCUUGUAUGUUUUAUGUAGUUUUCAUAUUUGAUUGCAUUUACAGAGUAAGCGUAUGUGGGUCUGCAGCAUUGCAGUAUGUCUGUUUUUCAUUUGGCUUUAUUACUAUUUUAAUAAUGCAAGUAAUAAGUAAAUGCAAUCAAAAUUGCAUUAAAUUCUACCUUCAUGUUGAUAAUUGUAGAUUCACAUGAAAUAAAAAUCAUUUGGCCCUGUGACCAUGAACCUUUUUCAAAUUGUACAUCAAUUAAUGAAUAACGCCAAUAAAGCAUUGUUGCCAAAUUAA